AUGGAUAGAUUUAUGCCAUCAUCCUUUUCAAACGAUUCAUUAUAUACAUAUCCGGUGGGAGGAUUGCUUCCUAAAGAUGAAACAGAAUCUUUACAAUUUUUAAAAAAAUACCCUGAAUAUGAUGGAAGAGGAGUGGUUGUUGCUGUUUUAGAUACAGGAAUUGAUCCAUCUGCAGCAGGAAUGCAAUUUACAACUGAUGGGAAACCUAAAAUUAUUGAUAUUAUUGACUGUUCAGGAGGAGGAGAUGUAGAUACAACAACUCUUGCAAAUGUUGUUGAUGAAGGUUGUAUGCUUUCAACAAUAGGUCUGUCUGGGAGAAUGUUGAAAAUAAAUAAAAAAUGGGAAAAUUCAGAUGGAAAAUGGUAUCUAGGUAUAAAACGAGGUUAUGAGAUAUUUCCAGACUCGUUAGUUUUACGUUUGAAAAAGGAGCGAUAUGAUAAAUUUAAUCAACAACAUAUUACUUUUUUAGCUUCUGUACAGAGUAAAAUCAAUAAGUUCAAGGAAGAACAUAAAGAUGAGAACGUUCUUACAAAAGAGGAGUUGGAAUUGAAGUUAGAUCUUCAAGCACAAUAUGAUUCAUUAAAAGAUAUGAUGGCUAACUAUGAAGAUCCUGGACCAGUUUAUGACUGUCUUGUUUGGUAUGAUGGGAAACAUUGGCGAGCAGUUGUUGAUACGAAUGAAGAUGGAGAUUUGAGAGAUAAAAGGCCUAUGUGUGAUUAUCGUAUUGAGCAUCAUUAUGAACAAUUCAGUAAACAAGAUAUGCUUUCUUAUUCCGUGAAUAUAUAUGAUAAUGGAUCCGUUUUAAGCCUUGUAACAUUAUCUGCAUCACAUGGAACUCAUGUUUCCGGUAUUAUUGGUGCUAAUCAUCCUAAUGAACCUGAAUUGAAUGGUGUUGCGCCUGGUGUUCAACUUGUUUCUUUAAAAAUUGGAGAUAUUCGUCUUGGAACUACUGAAACGAAUCAAUCACUUCUUCGAGCUGCAAUUGCUAUGAUUAAUUUAAAAGUUGAUAUUGCUAAUAUGUCUUAUGGAGAAAGUACAGGGAUUAAUGAUUCUGGAAUAUUUAUUGAUUUUUUACGAAAAACUGUAAUUGGAAAAAGAGAUAUAAUAUUUGUUUCGAGUGCAGGUAAUAGUGGGCCUGCUGUAAGUACACUUGGGACACCAGGAGGAACUACUUCUGGUGUAAUUUCUGUUGGUGCCUAUGUGACUACCUCUAUGAUGAAAGCAGAAUAUUCUAUUUUAGAAAAUGUUCCAGAAGGUGGAUAUACAUGGACUAGUCGUGGACCAACCACUGAUGGCGCCAAAGGUGUUACAAUUUAUGCACCAGGAGCAGCAAUAACAUCUGUUCCAACAUAUGUUCUUUCACGUAGUCAAUUGAUGAAUGGGACAAGUAUGUCGUCACCAUCUGCUUGUGGUGGUAUUUCUUUAAUCCUUUCUGCGUUAAAAGCUCAAGGAAUUAAAUAUACCCCGUCAAGAAUAUACAAGGCGGUUGAGAAUGCUUCAAAAGAUGUAGAUGAUAUUAUGAAUGUAGGAUUUUUACAAGUUGAAAAAUCAUAUGAAUAUUUUCUCCAACAUAGAGAAUUUUUAGAUCAAGAUUUUGACUUCAAAAUAAUAGUUAAUAAUUCAUAUUCAGAUUGUCGUGGAAUAUAUUUGCGUGAAUAUGAAGAAACAAAUCGUCUUUAUGAAGUAACAGUAGAAGUUAAACCAAUUCUUAAGGAAGAAGAAACAUUGGAAAAAUAUAAUUUAGAAUUAAGACUAAUAUUAAUUUCCUCAAAGUCAUGGGUCAAAGUUCCAAAUUAUCUUUUAUUAAACUCAUCUGGAAGGGUAUUUGAUAUUCAAGUUGAUCCAACUGGCCUUCCUUAUGGAUUUCACUAUACUGAGAUUACAGCAUAUGAUACUGUUGUUCCUAGACGGAAAGUUUUUUUUAUUCCUGUUACAAUAUGUAAACCAGAACCUGUUUUAAAGCCACUUAUAUCUUGGAAGAAUAUAAUGUUGGCUUCUGGGUACAUAGAAAGAAAAUUUAUUUCUGUCCCUGAUGGUGCUGAUUAUGCAAAACUUCGAAUAUGUGUUAAAAAGCUUACUACUCCAAUAAAAAUAUUUUCACAUUUUACUCAACUGGUUCCACAUUUACGACUAAAGGAGACUGAAUAUAGAUUUUUUUUAAAAUUACACGAAAAUGAAUUAAUAUUAAAAAGUUUUAAGGUAUUUUCAGGUCUUACAAUGGAAGUUUGUUUCGCAAAUUUUUGGUCAUCUGUUGGAUCUGGUGAAAUAGAUGUUGAAUUGGAAUUUCAUGGUUUAAAAUUGAGUUCUAACAAAAUUAAUUUAUUGUCUUUAGGAAAUUCUCAUAGUAUAAAACAUUUAGAAGCAAUUAAUACUUUAGCUCCUGAAAUAUUUAAUCCUAAUUUAAAAUUAAGUUCUUUAAAAAGGUCAUUUUAUCCUUCUAAUAGCUUUAUACGGCCGUUAGGAGAACGGGAUAUUUUACCUGAUUCAAAAACGUUAUUUGAAAUGAUCCUUACGUAUUCAGUAAAAAUCUCUGAGGAUACUGAUGCUACUUUUGUUUUACCACUUUCAGGCAGUUUAUAUGAUUCUUCAUUUUGUUUCCUAAGUGCACUUUAUAAUAAAAGUAAAAGGCUUAUUCAGUUUGGAGAAAUAAAUCCUAAGAAAGUUAAAUUAAAGAAUGGCGAGUAUACUUUUAAAGUUCAAUUGAUUCACGAUUCUAUUUCAAUAUUGGAAAAAGUUAAAAAUAUUUCACUGGUAGUUAUUCAGUCUUUAACUGAUUCAAAAGAAAUUUCUUUAAGCAUAUUUAACGAUAAUAUUACUGCUUUUAAUAGAGAAAAAUCUUCUGACUUUAAAUUGAAACUUAAAAAGGGUGACCGUAAAAGAUUUGUUAUAAGUACAUUUAUUGAUUCAAAAGAUCUUCCGAAAGAUGCUAAAAAUGGUGAUCAACUUGUAGGUCGAUUGUAUCUUGAAGAGAGAAUGAUGAAAGUGGAAAAUACUGGGUAUCAUGUUGAAGUUUCACUAGUAUUAGAAUCAAAAGAAUCUUCGUUAAAAGAGCCAAAUAUUAUUGAUCUUCAAAUUGAAGUAUUGAAUAAACUUAAAGAUAACGAAGAAAAGAAGAAAUUUUUAGAAGAUCUUCUUGAACGUUUUCCUAAUGAGCUUAGUUUAUUGGAUAUAAAAUUAAAGACUGUGUUAAAAUCAGGGUCUGAUAAAGACGUUAUUGAUGUUAUUAAUACCAUUGUUGAUUGUGUUGAUCUUGCAAAAAUUAUGGAGUAUAUUAAAUCAGAGCAAUUUUCUGAAUCAGAUAUAACAAAUGAACAAAAGAAAGAAAAAGAAAAGCUGAAGUUGCAAAAAACUAUUUUCUUUAGUGCAUUACAAGAAAAGGCCAAAGUUUUUGGGAAAACUUCUGAUGGAAUAGUUAGUAAAGAAUUUAAUGAUGCAUUUGAGGAAUGUAAAAAAUGGAUUGUACUUCCUGGAAAUGAUUAUGAAUUUCUUAUAUUACAAAUUAGACGUUUAAUUUCUUGCAAAUAUUUUGGGUCUGCUUUGCGACUUAUUCUAAAGUUAGAAUCAGAUUCUUCUCAUGAUUUUAGUGAAAUUGAAAUAUCUAAAAUUUUUGAAUUAAAAAACAUUAUUUUAAACAAUUUAAACUGGUCUAUUUGGACAGUGUAUCAAGAAAAAUGGAAACUCAUACAUAAUCCACCAAAAGGAUAUGUAUUGUUUUAA